AAUCCCCGUCAGUGGACGAUACCCUAGGAGCGUUGCCUCCUGUGGGUCAUCAAUGUGAUAGUUAUAAUCGCCUUGACUACAAAGAUUAUGUAAAUUUUAGUUCUACUAAUAAUCACCUGGUGUUUAACAAAAUGUUUCGAAAUGUUGGGCGUUUAUUUCGAUACUCUCUUGACAGAAGAUGUUCAAAUUUAGUAGAUGUGGAUUCAAAUAAAGUGUACGAUGAGUUGCUGAAGAAAUCAUACUUACUACCUGAAAAUGGACAUAAUGUUGUGAUUAUUCAACCACAUUUAAAAGGUGUAUUUUACACUAGGAUCAACAACAGCCUAUCAUACUCACCUAAAAAUGAUCCCAAUGUAGACGAAGCUAUCGCUCUUGUGGAUUCAUUAGGAUUUUGGACUACCGUUGGUGUGAUAUUUUGCAAUGUAAAAGCCGCCAACACUAAUAAAGGACCGUUUUUUAGUAAAGGUAUAUGGCAAAAUGUAUCAGAGUCUGUAAUUGCUUAUCGUGAUGGGAAACAGUCUGUUCAGACUGGUGAUACACUUCCUAACGAAAAAAAUAACUCAUCCUCUGACCAUACAGUUAAAAAGCGAGCAACAGCAGUCCUCGUAAAUUGGCCUCGUUUAACAACACUACAACUGGCACUUAUGCAACAGGCCUGGCUGAUGCCUGUUUAUGAUCGCUACACCCUCGUUGUUCAGCUUUUUAAUCUUCGAUCUCGUACUCCAGAAGCAAAACUUCAAGCAAAGUUAGCUGAAAUUGGAUUACUUCGAGCUCGUAUUCCAGCAUUUUUUGAAGCACCUAAUAUGAUUAAAUGCUUGGUUGAUAGGUCAGAUUUCGCUACAAAGGAACGUUUAUUACAAAUACUUAAUCAAACAGAAGUUAGUCUUUUAAAUCAAUUGGAAAAAAUUUCCAAACAACGUAUUCAUCAUAGGCGUAAUCAUAGACGAGAUAUGGAGAAACAUCAUUUACCACUGGUUGCUGUUGUGGGAUAUACCAAUGCUGGUAAAACAAGUCUUAUACGCUAUUUAAGCAAAUCAGACAAACUUGCCUCAUCCCCAGAAGUGUUCGCCACUUUGGAUAUCACACAUCAUCGAAGUCGGUUGCCUAUACUUCCAAAUAAAGUAGAAGAGAACAAUAUGACUUCUGAUCAGUUGUUUUCUGAGAAUGGCAGCGAUGGUGGUUGUUCUAAUAGUAUAGGGUUGCCUGGGAUACAAAUGUUACUGUUGGAUACAAUAGGAUUUAUGUCUGAUCUUCCAACUAAUUUAUUGGCUGCGUUUCGAGCUACUUUAGAUGAGUGUUUAGAUGCAGAUCUAAUUUUGCACAUAGUUGAUGUAAGUCAACCUGAAUGGCAAUUACAAGUGAAUCAUGUAGAGGAGCUGUUGUGCAAUAUUGGUGUUAUAAAAAACCCGACAAAUUCUGGACACACAAACGAUUCCAAUGCAUUUGAACCACCUCAAGUGUUAAAAAUAGGUAACAAACUAGAUCGAAUGUAAGGAAAGUAAGAGGUCAUUUUCUUAUUGACUUUUGUGAGAAUGUGUAAUAUCUGAACUCCAGAUUAAUAUAAGGGUUAUCAUUAAAGUAUAAGGUCAAUUUAUUUCUUGUUACAUAACAGUACAAUCUUGCCUAGAAUAUAAAGGUGUAUGCGAUAAAGUACACUUUGCUAUUUCGUCAAAAUGUUGCUUGGAAUAAGGGAAACUUUUGUUUGCGAUCCUGUAAGGUCUCAUAUUUAAUCAUAGACGUUUUGUCAUCAGAAUUCGUGACUUUAUCAAAAGCGUAUGAAUAUAUGAAUUGGCAUGGAAAUGCCAAAAAAGGUAAUUUGUAUGUAUAUCAGUAUUAAAUUUGCAGACUUCUUAAAAAAUAUUUUCAUCACCUGAUUAGUGUAUUAUCUAAAGAACUGAUGGUUGCUUGGAAGCUUAUCCUGUCUGGUUCUAAACACGAUGAAGAGCGUAAGCAACUUACUUAGGGUGGUUCAGGUGCAUCGACUCUGUCUUCCCCCAGAUCCUAAGUUUCUAAAUUCCUGAUAAUGUUUUUGUUUCACCGAUUUCUAUCUUCUCGAAGCAUAUAUCCAGUACCUAGUCUUCUCUGUUGUUACCACUUCUACUACUCCAGGAUUUGGCCUAGCAAUUUCAUCCCGCUGUGCUAAUGAAGUAUGGAAACCUGAUCAGGUGUACGCACAUGCUAGGUUCUACGUUGCAUUCGACUUAAGUGAUUGAUUGCACCCGUCUCUGGCAUGUAAAUAAAUCAUCAUUCGCUGACAUGAAAUAUCGGCUAUCUUUUAUGUGGAAUUCACUCCGGAACUGUUGAUGGAGGGCAGAAUGUGUUAAUUCCCAUAGAAAUCACUUACUAAUUAUUUUGUUAUUUUAGAGAUUUGAAUCUCUACUUUGCACACCAAGUCUCCCUACGGUAGUUAUCCUUUAGUUUGUCGUGUUUAAAGACUUUUUAAAUUGACUCUUAGCUCUUUAACCAUAGCAGGGUUUGCCCUAUUUUUAAGGUCAUUCUCUAUAAUUUGGUUAUCCGCUUGUAUUGGUUGCUUAAAUCAAUCCUUUUUGUCUUCCUUGCAAGAUGUUUUUCAGUAGCUGUGGCCAGAAGGAAAAUGGAGGCUGUGGUAUCCAGAUAUCAGAGUCAAAACUAACAGUUACUGACAUUAGUUUAACGCACAUUAGAAAUCGUUUUGGUAAACACUUAGUUGACUAAAAUUAAUCACCAUAUAUAAAAUGGUAGGAGUUAAGUAGCUGAUACAUAUUUUACUAUAAACAUGAUAUAUUAUGUACUUAUUAAUUUACUUUGUUUUUUAUGAACUUUUUAGUGAAUCAAAUGAUGUGUACACUGGAUUUGAUGCAUUAAUAUCUGCUAAAACUGGGACAGGUAUGAAAGAGUUGACUUCAAAAGUUCAACUAGCUUUAAUGAAACGUCUUGGAUGGUUUUCGCGCACCUUGGAUGUUCGCCAAGGUGGUCCUAGUUUUCAAUGGAUUUAUUCUAAUGCAAUGGUCACAAGCGUGGAUACCUCCCCUUCGAGUUCAGAAAGGCUUAGAAUAACUGCAAUAUUCACUCCUGUCGGUUGGAUUAAAUUUUGCAGAACAUUUAAAAUGGCAUCCUCUGAAAAUGUUUCGUAAUAUUUCAUAUAGUGAUAUACUUCAUGAAUAUCAAACACUGUAUUUUUCUUCUUAAACUAUGUCCUUUUACAAAUUGUUUGACAUGUAACAUUGUUCUGUUUUCAUAAAUUAUUUUUUAAGAUUUGUUUUAACAAAAAGUAUAAAUGUCGACCACACUAUUGUCUUCAGAUUAAGGUGUACAGAUUAAAACUAGACAAUUAUAGUAUUGUAUAGAUUUUAUUUUGAAAUAUUUACUUCUUAGUAUUAUGGACAUUUUUAUCUAUAAAAUUUAAUCAUAUUC